AUGGGGAGAUUACCGGGUGUCGUAAUGAAAUUUGUAGCUCGUCUGGGGCAUUUCGUAAGAAGUGUGCAGAACGGGAAACAAUCGCCCUUCCGUGUUCGGUGGGCACGCAUGGCGCUAACAGCGUGGUUCUUCGUGGCGGUUUACUCGUACUUAUCGCUAUAUCACGAUGAGAGCAUCAAGAACUACCUGAGUUCUGUGAAAGAAACGCUCCGCUUGCAUUCCACGACGCAAACGUCAGCCAUAGAACCCAAGAAACUAUACCAGAAACUAAGAUAUGACACCAAAUUCGAAUUCUUGGAGCCCUACACGCUCGAGGACGAUUUGCUUACAGUACAAACAGGGCCCCACCGUGGCCAGCGGUUGGAAAGCGUCGAUGAGCUGGCAUUUUACGACGCAGAUCCAAGGCUGAUCUGGAGUGUGUACACCGACCACUGGAUGGACGGUACACAGGUGGACACUACAGAGCUCACGCAGUUUUCGUGGUAUGAUUGGGCCGAUUUUCACGACUGGAAUAAACUAGCAUCACUGUCGUCCACGAAAAUAUCUUGCGAUUUUUUGUUCGAGCCAUUUUUCAACAAAGAGAUACUAGACCAAAUCGAGUCAGAGAUUGGCGAAGAGCUCUUUCGUUAUGGAAGAGGUGAUUACAAUUCGGCUAGCUUCACGCAUCAAAAGGACCAGAUGGUUUUUGAAAACUUAGAAGUCUAUUGUAAGGCCGACGGAUCGAACGAGGGUAACACAACUUCGUCGAAUCGAAAGUUUUCUUCAGGAUUUCAAGUAAUGGAAAUGUUCGAAGAGGUGCGUCCAGAAGUAUAUCAAUUUCUGGGCAGACAUUUCAUGCUGUCCACUUUGCGAAACCCCACAUCCUUGACAAUUCUGAACGGUAGAAAUGCACCAAUUCAAGUUUAUGUGAACCAGUCGUCCCGCGCCAACAUCGCACAGUCCGGUUUACUCAAUAAGUUUGUUGGAAAGCAUCGCAAAGACGAUCAAACGAAAAUGUUCAACCACACCGCAUACUUUAAAAAGUUUCUAGCAUCCAGUUUUGCACAAAAAAACCAAGUUACCAUCAACGAACUUUCAGAUGAAGAGCGUAAUGCUUACUCUAAGCAAAUCUUCCAUUUACAGCCCUCUGACUUUGAAUUCGACGCGAUUGCCAAGAUCAAGGAACUUCGAGCAAGAAAGGACUCUUUGUCCUUCCAUGAAACAACAUAUUUGGAGAGUUUGGAAUUCUCCACCUCAAAUCAUUAUGCAUUUGAUACCAAAUAUUUUAAUGAGCCGAGCGCAUUGAAAGAUUUUGCCAGUCUUGGUGCACACCAUGACCAUAGAUUUUUCAAUGGUGCAAUUGUGAAAGACCCCUACGAUUCCCAAUUGAAACUUAACGCUCUGAUCCGUACGUUCCAAAAAUUCCUGAAAUCGAAUGGUCUCAUCUCCUGGCUCGCACAUGGUACUUUGUACGGUUAUGUGUACAACGGGCAAACAUUUCCGUGGGAUUUUGAUUUCGACGUCCAGAUGCCCAUCAGGCAUCUUCAUAUUCUGGCUCAGCAUUUCAAUCAAACACUGGUUGUAGAAGAUCCUUCCGAGGGUACUGGGAGGUAUUUGAUUGAUAUUGGAAGCUCUAUAACUACUCGGAUUAAUGGUAAUGGAAAAAACAACAUUGACGCUAGAUUUGUUUGUGUGGACACAGGCUUAUACAUAGACAUAACGGCGCUAAGCGUAUCAUCGGCAAUGAUCAGUUCAAAAUUCUCUGACGUUUUUGAAAAUGAUAAGAAGACUUUGGGUGCAGAAAUUGUUCAUAGAGAUCCCAACUUAAUUGCAAACGAAACAGACCUUUCAUUGCAAUUGCUUCAAGUACGCAUUGAUAAUGAUCCAUCAUAUUCUAAUGAGGAUAAAAAACUCGUGAAAACAAUGGUUGAUAGAAGCAAUGCAGAUUAUAGAAAGUCAACAUCUCCGGAGAAAUUGUACAGUGCGGAGCAAAGGUACAGUUUCAAUUACGACUUGCAAAUCUAUAACUGCCGAAACAAUCAUUUCAUGAAGUUCGAUGAGAUAUCUCCGCUAGUGCUAACAGAGUUUCAUGGUGUAUCUGCAUUUGUACCAAACAGGUAUAUCACAAUUUUAAGGAGAGAAUACAGAGUGCCGUUGAAGUACGGCUUCAUAGGUUACAAGGGUAACGUUUUUAUGCCAGAAUUUAGAUAUUGGUGUGUCUCGAGUCUUUUGCAAACCUUGGCCAACAAAAAGCAGGAGCAUAUCGAUUGGAACAUCAUCGAUUCAUCGCUGAAUAAUCUCAAGUUGGAUGACAUCAGAAAGAUGUAUGAAAAUCUUGCACAAAGUGGGGAUAGCAAAGUUCUUUCGACACUGUACAACAGUCGAAAGUUGAGCACAUAUCGACUUAAGGAAAUAGAUAUUCAGUUUGGAUCCAAUUCGACCAGUGAGAAACUUAAUUUGCUAACAAAUCUCCAUAAUAACUUGAGUAGUCACAUUCAGCCCACUUUUAAGGAUCCCUACCUUUAUAGCACGGAGAGGAGAGCAUGGGAGCGUCUAGAAAAAGAGGAAUCAAACUUAACUUCCCUAGCUCGCGAAAUAGACCGUGAAAUUGCGGAAAAAUUACAAAAUUGGACAGAGAGCUUACAUGAUAAGACUCUAGAUUUCUACAGACUUGCAUCUGUCGAUUUUAAUACUGAAUGUGAGCCCAUAUAUGUGGCAGGAGAAUCCAGUAGAAACGCUGUUUUUAGCCAAGAUCCUUUGCUAGUUGAGUAG